AUGACGGCUGCCGAAUCAAUUGGAAGUGCCAUUGUUGGUGCACUUGCCUGCCAAAGGGAUUCGUAUCUGAAGACACUUACAACUACUGUCAUCUCCUGUAAACAGCAUGUUGUUUCUGCGGGUUCUGAGUCAGUGAAUAAAGCGAAGAAAGGCAAGAAAUUCAAAAAGGUAAAACAGUCAGUUGAAGGGAAGUCUGGGGGUGAAAAAUCAUUGCCAGACGAAAACGCAAAGAAACUGUACAAAGUUGAAUUUCAGGACACUAUUCUUUUCCCUGAGGGAGGAGGGCAGCCUUCUGACACUGGAUUCUUGACGGUGAGGUGUAAGGAUGAAUGUGAUACCGACUCGCACGUCAUCCCAGUUUCACAUGUGAAAAGAGAGGGACUGAAAGCAGUUCAUAUUACUUCGGAGCCUAUUUCAGUUGGUGCCGAAGUGGGGAUGCAGGUGGACUGGAAGCGGAGAUUCGAUCACAUGCAGCAGCAUACGGGUCAGCACUUACUUUCUGCCGUGUUAGACAAGCGGGAUUUGCCCACUUUAAGCUGGAACAUGGGUGAGACCACCAACUAUAUCGAGAUUCCAAGAAAACUCAGUGAGCAGGAAUUGUGUGACGUGAGCGACGAGGUAAAUGCCUUAAUUACGCAGGGCGUCCCAGUUUCUGUGGAGAUCCCACCCAAGGAAGAUGUGAAAAAGACCAAGAUGCCAAAAGACUACGACUUGGAUCUCGGAGUUCUCCGUGUGGUCCACAUUGGAAAUAUAGACUCCAAUCCUUGCUGUGGAACCCACCUCUCGUCGACUUCGCAGAUCAAGGCUGUGGUUCUACUCAAUGAGGCCCGUGGCAAGGGCACUAACUUCAGGCUCAACUUCGUUUGUGGUGACAGGGUGGUGUCUUUUACGCGUGGUGAAGAUAGUGUUAUAAGAUCUCUAGUUGGAUCGAUGACAUGCCAGGAGCAGAUGCUUCCGGACAAAGUUAGGGAUCUUGUGAAGGAUCACAAGAGACUCCAGACCAGGGAGACGAGUCUAAUGAAGGAGAUCGCGGAGUUGAAAGCCAAAGAGCUGCUUGCAGACCUAGAAUCUAGAAACAAGUCUCUUGUUUUUCACCACAGACCGGACGGCGAUCUCUCGUACAUCUUUCAUAUUUUCAAGUCAAUGACGCCUCUUGCUCAUGGCACCGUUGCCCUUAUUACUGGGGAGACGCACAUGCCGGGUGCAGUAAUUGUCUUUGGGCAGCAUGUGGAUCCUGUAGUUGCUGAAUUGAAAAAGCACAUCGGGUUGGUUAGAGGUGGUGGAAAGGACAAGUUCCAGGGUAAGAUAGUGUGCUUUGAGAAGGGAGAGCUGGACUCUACGCUCAAGGCUUUGCAAGGGCUGAAAUUGGAGGACUAG